ACAGCAGCGGCUCCGCCCCUUCCGGCCGGCGGGAGGCGGUGGCACCGCCGGGACCGGGACCGCCACCGGACGCUGACGGUCUCUGUGUUCCUUCAGGGACGGCUGCGGCUCCUCCCCCGCUGUCCGCCGGGUCCGGCCCCGCCGAGCGCCGAGGGCAGACCCCGGUGCUCGGUGCAGGAGUGCAGCCCGGCCGCCCUCCCGAAUCGCUGCUGCCCUUUGCAGGUCCCAGGGCGCUGGAUGUGUCGGGCCGUGGCCGUCCCGGCGGAGCCGUGGCCGUGCCGUGCUGCCGGCGAUGAUUCCCGGUCCCGUCUCUGCCCGGUUUCCCUGAGCUCUGCAGUCGCCCUGUCCCUGGGAAGCGCUGUAUCCCCCGGGAAGGGCUGUGUCCCUGGGGGGAUGCGGAGCCAGCCAGUGCUCGGCCCAGCGGAGCAGGCUGAGCGGCACCGGCUGCAGCUGGGGAUGGUCCCGCUGUUUCCUGUGGUGAGGCUCAGGUAGGAGCCGGGCCAUGGGGGCUGCACCAGGGCCAGCACCUCCCCGCUGCCCUCCCUAGUCCAACAGCAGCCGGUGGCUCCCUUGGCGGGCCACCAUGGACCAGCCCACACGUGUGCCUGGGCCCCGCCGGCUGCUGGGCUGCUUCAGGAGGAAGCCCCAGGCCGUCGGGGGGGAGACACCGCCAGAGCCAGAGCCGGAGGAGCCUGAGGAGACACGUGUGGUGCUGCCCCUGGGCGAGGGCCAGGUGCUGGAGGAGUGUCCCCUGUGCCUGCUGCCGCAGCCCCCCGAGGCCUUUCCCAGCCUGGCCUCCUGCUCCCACCGCUCGUGCUGGGCCUGCCUGCAGCAGUACCUGUGCCUGGCCGUCCGCGAGAGCCGCGUGCCCGUGUCCUGCCCGCACUGCCCCGCCGCGCUCCAGCCCGCCGACGUGCACCGGCUCCUGCCCGAGCCCGCCCUCCGCGACAAGUACGAAGAGUUCCUGCUGCGACGGCUGCUGGUGGCCGAUCCUGGCACCCGCUGGUGCCCUGCACCUGACUGCAGCUAUGCUGUCUUUGCCCACGGCUGUGCCGAGUGUCCCCGCCUGACCUGUGGGCGUGAGGGCUGUGGCACCGAGUUCUGCUACCACUGCCGGCAGCCCUGGCACCCUGAUGGCCCCUGUGCACCGGCCCCCAGCCUGGCCACCCCCACGGCACAGCUGGCCCAGCCGGAGGAGCUGGCCCAUGCUGAGGCUGAGGAUAUCAAGGUCUGUCCUCGCUGCAGCGCCUUCAUCAUGAAGAUCAACGAUGGGAGCUGCAACCGCAUGAACUGCACGGUCUGCGGGUGCCUCUUCUGUUGGCUCUGCCUGCGCGAGAUCUCCGAUGUGCACUUCCUGAGCCCCUCUGGCUGCACCUUCUGGGGGAAGAGGCCAUGGUCACGGACCCGGAGAAUCCUGUGGCAGCUGGGCAUGGUGCUGGGAGCGCCCAUGGUCAUCUCCCUUGCUGCGGGUGUUGCCGUCCCUGUCAUUACCAUUGGGAUCCCCAUCUACAUGGGUAGAAAGGUGCUGGGCCAGAGCCGGCGAAGCAGCCUGUCCGGGUGCCAGCAGUGCCUCUCCGUCACCAGCAGUGUCCUCCUCUCUCUCUUUGUGUCCCCUAUCAUAACAGCUCUCACUGUGGGGGUGGGGGUGCCCCUGGUGCUCACCUACGUGUACGGGACCGUGGUGCUGUCGCUGUGCCGGAGCCGCUGGGGUUGCAGGGACGGCAGCACGCCCGCAGACCUCGGCGUGGUGGAGCUGGACAACCUGGCUAAACUGAAUGAGCUGUGGUCAGUGCUGCCCAGCCCCAGAGCAGGUGAGGAUGGAGCUCCAGACCCCGCUGCCUCCCUCCCCAGCAGCAGCCGCAGUGCGCGCCCGGGGCCGGCGUGGCCAGAGCAGGACAGCCAGUCCGCCAGCACCGUGGCCCUGGCAGGGAGCAUGCUGAGCGAGGGCCAGGACACCUCGGACAGGGAAGGUGUCACCAUCGAGGUGGAGGUGGCGGUCGAGGCCGUGCCACGUUCUGCCCGGCCGCAGAGCCUCAGCAGUGCCCUGUCUGGGCAGAGCCUCUCUGGGGACUCCCUGGGAGCCGCCACCAGUGACAGGGGCAGCUCCGUGGGUGUCCCUGUGGAGUGAGGGGGAGUCUUGAUCCACGCACAGGCCCUGCUCCCUCCUGUGGCAGAGCCAGUCCCGCUCUGCCAGCACGUGGAGCCCUGGGAGCUGGGUCCUGGGGGGUGCCAGCUGCACCCUGCACUGCUGCACCCUGCACUAGCCCUGUCUGCCCCUUUCCCAGAGGCACCACUAGGAAAUAAAGCUGCUUUCUGAGGGUC